CGAAAGUGGCAAAACUGACAGAAACAUUGUCGUGCGUGCCUGGUUCACGUGAAAACAGCCAUGAACAGCCGGUGGAGCUGGAAUGCGCAAUACGACGCAAUACAGCGAGAGAGAGUAAACACUGGAAAAGGUCUUUAACAUUAAAACAGGUUCAUAUGAAAGCGAAAGCGUUUAAAAUCCAGUCUGUGAUCAGCUGUGAACACCUGGUACAUUUCCCGACAACGUUAGAGAUAUAUAUGUCAACUAAGAUAACACAGAGCUGAAACUGACUCUCGAUCUAUGGAUCUCUGGUUUUGAAACGGAGAGACACAUAUGCUGUAGUUCACCAGCUGUCACCGUUGUCACGUGGGCAACUAUUUUACUCUUGAUGCUACGUGCUCCAUAAUUCUACGCAAAUUUGAAAUUUAAUGCAAGCGUGAUUGUCCAAUUAUAAUUCCACCAAAAUUAACAGAACUAAACGUAAAGAAAUAUAUGCUCUUGCAUGAAAAUAUGCACGAUUUUUAAAUCGUAGGAACGAGAUUAUGAAAAUUGCCGCGAAACUGAAAAAGCGGAAGCAAAUGGCACCUGUGCGAAUGAAAUAUGUAGUUUCUUUUAGUUCUCAGGAUGAAAAGCACCCGGUGGAAAAUCUUCUGUGCGGUGAGGUACAGAACAAGAAGUGGUUGUGUUCACAAAGUGACCGUAAAGGACAUAUUGAGGCUACAAUUCAGUUAGAACAGUUGACACAGAUUACACACAUUGACAUUGGUAGUUAUGGCUGCUUCACUGUGUCAGUUCAGGUCGGUCUCUCCACUUGGCCUCAAGAUCGACCAUAUCAGACCCUGAUCCCAGCCUUCAUCUUCAUGUCUUUGGCAGACUCAAAACUGGGCAAGAAUAAGGUUAAGGCACAGAUGUUCAAUAAAGACGAACAUUUUGACAAGGAUGUGUCUUGUCAAAAGUGGGACAGGGUCAAAAUUUUGUGCAGUCAACCAUUUAAGAAGGAAUCUCAGUUUGGACUGAUGUUUCUCAGAAUUCUUGCAGCCAGCAGUGAACAAACUAAUGAGAACAAAGAGCCUUUUUCUCCACCUUGUAAUAAAUCACAGGGAAGAAAUUUAUCCUUCAGAACACCACAGGAUCAUAAAACAAGCCAAAACUCCUCCCCUGCUUGGAAGUCUGCCAAUCAGAUAAAGAAACAUUUUUUUGGGGACAAAGAGGCCAAAGAUGAGAAGGAAGAGCACCUGAAGAAUAGGCUAGUUACUAUAGCCAGUACAUCAUCUAACGGUCCAAGUCCCAGUGAUGCUUUGCCUAGAACAGCACAGCUGGUGCUUAAGGCUUCAACAAAUUUGCCUCAAUAUUCGGUGAAAAGAUCAACUUUGAUGAAAAAUAACAGUAGUGAAGAGCCAGUGCUGAAGAAAUCCAGGCUAACAUUUGUAGAUGAGGUGAAAACAUUUUUGAGGGAAGUCAAUUUUGAUGUAAUUGAUAUGGACACACUUACAUUUGCAGAUUUAAGACAUCAGAUGGAGAAACUUAAAUGCAGGAAAUUAUGUAAAGAGGAAAAGAAACUGUUUCUUGAUAUGGCUCAGGCUUUUAUUACUGAAAUGGAUUGUGACGAGAAAGAGAUAAAGUCUCUAGAAACCUCUCAUUCACCACACAGCAGUAGAAGUGAGAAUGUUGAGGGUGAAACAAGAAUUGCAACCACAGGUCAUAAAGGACAUAGAGUAAACCAUAAACCAGACAUAUCCAGUUCAAGUUAUCCAUCCAGUGCUGAUGAGAGAAAUGUGACAGUUCCACAGAGUACAAAAGGAAAAAGGUCUAAGAGACUGGUUUAUGACAGAAAACACAGUGUGCAAACUGUACCAGAUGAGACACAGGUAGAUUUAAAAUCUACAAAUACUUAUUCUGCUAGUGAUAAUAUUCAAGACCCUACAGAGUGUCCAAUAUGUGGAGAUACCUUUAGUCGAGAUGAAAUUGAACACCAUGCAGCCAUGUGCGGUGAGGUAUCCAGCUUCCCCUCUUCUCCGUCACAAUCUCCUCCUUGGAUGGAAUACCCCCAGUCGUCACAGUCACAAUCAUCACUAGCUCAACAAACACAAUCUUCGCCCUUUUCAUCAAAUGGAAACGUGGAGAAAGUGUCGUGCCCUAUCUGCGGAGCGGAGUUCUCAGUACUGGAAAUUGAAGAACAUGCAGACAGCUGUGUUCAGAUGCAAACUCAGGGAUUUUCUGUGGUGUAUUAAAACAUUCACGAUAACUAUAUUAAUGUUACAGUAGAAAGCUAUUGUAUAACGUUACAGUAUUAUAAAAACGAUUGUGUCAUGUUCAACAGUACGGACUCUUGGAAGCAGAGUGGUAGCGUGCUCCAUGUUGAUUAACUGUGGGCAAUGAGGUUUUUGAAGUGAUAAGCCUUUUAUAAUAAUAAUAAGUGUGAUGAAAUUACUGCAUUUCGUUUUGAGGGUUUUAUGGAUGAAAUGUACAACAAUUGAAGGAAUAUGUCUCUGUCUCAAAAUUUUUAACAACAAAAGGAGCCCCCAGUCUUUGCAAACUUUUCCCCCGAGUUGUAUGAAUAUAAUGUUGUUUUUGCAGUGUUUUAUUGAACCGACUGCCUCUUGUUCUUGAGUAGAAUUCAACUUGAUGGGCGGAAAAUCACUGACAAGAAUACCUUGGUCUUGGUGGUCAUGUAUUCGUUAUUUUAUUUAUUUUUUGUCUGUGUGUGCUCACGCAAUGACUGUACAAUAGAGAUUUUUCUUCAUUAGGAAAUUGCUUUGUGGCUUGCUCCGCCACAUUGUUAACAUGUAGCGCUUUUCAGGACCAUGCCUGAUUUUCUGUUGUGUACCUCACUGCUUCAGUAUCAAUAAGCUAGUUGGACUCCUGGGCUUUUAUAAGUUCCUCCAAGGACCCUUUAGAUCAAAAGAUUUAGAUCGAUAUCAUUGUUAGAACCAGAAACGGACGAGAAUUGCACGAGAAAGAACUCGACUUGAACUCUAUAACCGGAGA